AUGCAAUUUACUAACCUUUGCUGUUCCUAUUCAGAGCGCAAGACGAGAUCUGGCACCGUAUUUUCUCCAUGGGAACUGCCUGUGCGGUACGACACAUCAGUCGACUUGCACAACUUAUUGGACGCGGCGGUCGCGAGGGGAAACCUUGAAGACCCCAGGUCUGAAUUGCACGCCUUAUCAGAGAUGGGCGAGGAAUCCGAUCUCACCGACUUGGAGUCAGAUGCGGACCCUGAUGUUCCCGCUGAUGGAGCAGAGAAUGUUGGUUGCAUGGAUGACGCGAGGGAUGGCGCGUCGAAGGAGAAUGUGGCGAGUGGCGUAAACAGUCAUGUUGUUGCCCGCAGGGAGAUGGAUAACGCGAGCGGCACAGAUAGCCCGUCGAUGGAGAACGCGGCGAGUGGCGUAGACGAACACAUCGUUGUGCGCGGAGGGGUGAGCGAUCCAGAUCGGGUUCAGAAAUUGAAUUCCAAGGCACGCAAUAGGCAGAACAAACGAGCCAAACGCCGAGACCAGCGCGAGAGGCUGCUAGCGCAGGCCGGAACUUCCGUAAAGGCGGUUGCCACUCGACGCAGGGCUCAAAACCACCAAAUAACCACGCAGUUUUGCGCCAGGGACAGUAACCGAGCAUCCACAGCUUACAUUGGUGUUCGCGACCGUAUUCACUCCCCCAAUGGGCAGGUCGCCGAGCUAGCGAAGCAGGGUUUCAAAGUUCUUCCCUGGGAUCCAAGGAAUGGGUUUCUUCUGGUAGAUGAGCAGGGGCGAAUUUUUGCAGGCGGUGCAAGCCCCCGAGCCCCCGGAUGGUCUCAAGUUACUACGGAUGCGUUUGAGGCCGUGAUUCACGCACGGAGGGGGUGUCGAUUCACCCACAAGGAGUUGAAUCACAGGAGGGGGAGAUUUCCUGCGCUGACGAAGGGAAUAUCGUACGGUGGGGGUCAGCGUAGACCUAUGCUGUUACGAAGUUCGAAUAGAAAUGCGGCCACGAUGGACGCAAUUAUUGAUAACCCCAACGUCAGACGAAUUGCUGGAAUGCAAUCGAAAUUGCUCCACACCAUUGCACCGAAGCAAGGCCUAUACUAUAGGGAAACACUGGACAAGCUCAUUGAGUCCCAGCCGGAGCUCAAGCGCAACGUUCAGAACAGCGACUUCGCAUGUCUUUCAGUUAACCUUGGCCCCCAUACUAUAUGUGUGGAUCACACUGACUGUGUCAAUCUCGCGACGGGACUGUGUGCAAUCACCGCACUGGGUAACUUCGAUCCGAAGAAAGGGGGGCAUCUAAUACUAUGGGAGCUCAGAUUAAUGCUGGAGUUUCCUCCAGGUGCAACCAUGUUAAUACCGUCCGCAUUACUUCAACAUUCUAACGUACCCAUUCAACCAAAGGAGGAGCGAGUUUCAAUCACCCAGUAUAUGGCGGGAGGUAUAUUUCGAUGGGUCGAAAAUGGGUUCCGGAGAAAUCUUGACUGUGCACCUCUUGAGAACCCCGAGCAGGAUGGACAGGAUCGAUGGGAAAGGGGGCUCGAUAGAUUUGAUAGAUCCCUGUAG